AUGACUUCACCCGCGAAAAUCCCUCCUCCCACUUAUCAAAUCGAUGAUGAUCAAAUCCUGGUUGAACAACUUGCGAGCGUUCGUCCAUCGCAAGAGAUUAGCAAAAACGUACAAGAAGAUGACCAUUCAUUAACGGCAAGUGCUGCAACUUCAAGACCUCAAAGUGCAUAUGAAACUUUUCGUCCUGGUCGUCCAGAAGAAAAAGAAGAUGAUGAUCAUAUUCCACCCGAAGAAGAAAAUCCUGAAAAGUCUAAAUCAGCCCCGCCACCUCAAGCAACCGGUUGGGCUCCUUGGUCUGUUGUGCUGGGUGGUCAUAUCACAAUGUUUCUCAGUUUCGGUUUCUUGAACAGUUUUGCCGCUUUUCAGAGUUAUUAUUUCAACGUCAAACUCAAAGGUUAUUCGAACUCAGACAUCGCUUGGAUCGGUUCAAUGCAAACAUUUUGGGUCUUUGCAGCUAAUUUGUUUGUCGGUCCAGUCUUUGAUAAGUAUGGUCCAAGACCACUUUUGUUCCUUGCCGCUUUCGGUUUCGUUUUUGGUUGUAUGAUGACGUCUUUGGCAAACAAGUAUUACCAAAUCUUUUUGGCUCAAGGUGUUGUCGUUGGCGCUUCGCUUGGGAUAUCAUUCAUCACUCCUAUGGCUUGCGUUAUGCAAUGGUUCCAUACAAAAAAUCGUGCUGCCGCACUUGGAAUCGCAAUGAGUGGUUCUUCGGUCGGUGGUGUUGUUUGGACAAUCGUUACAAAGAAUUUAUUGGACCACGUUGGGUAUGGAUGGACAUGGCGAACGCUCGGAUUUAUGGGCUUGGCUCUCUUUCCAUUUUCCAUCCUUCUGGUGCGCAUGCCACCUCACGUUAUUGAAGCGCAGAAAGCGCUGAAGGCAAAGAAACCUGAGCUCUCGUUGGACGCAUUCCUUGAUUUGAAUUAUACAACAAUGACGCUCACUUUGUGCUUGUUUGUUCUUGGUUUUAUGCCUUUAUUAUUCUACUUCCCAGAAUUGGCAGGCUAUCACGGCUCAAGCAGAAAUAUGCAAUUUUAUUCAAUCUCAAUCUUGAACGCCGUUUCCUUCUUUGGUCGAAUGGGAAUGCCAAUCUUGUCGCAAUGGACAGGUGUUUGGAAUACGUCAAUCGUUUGUCUAACGUUUACAAGUGUUGUUGCUUUCUGUUGUAUGGCCGUUGAUUCAUCAGAAGGUGCAAUUGUUGCAGCUUCUUUCUUUGGUUUGACAUCAGGAGCAGCCCUUAGCUUGAUCGUUUCUUGUGUACCGAUGUGCAUUCCAAACUUUUCCAAGCUUGGUACGCAAAUGGGUCAAAUGUUCUUUGUUGCCUCGAUCUGCGGUCUUUUGACUGGAUCUAUUGGUGGUUGGAUCAUGGACACAAAGAAACACGGCAAUUGGAAAGCGUUGGAAGGCUACGUUGGUGGAUGUUUACUCUUUGUCGUAGCCUGUCUGAUCUUUAUUCGAAAUCGCCUUCAACCGAAUUGGAGAAAGAUCUAUUAG